GAUUUAAAAAUAAAAAUGGCUGCCAUUUCGCCGACUUCGCAGGGAGUACGCAGUUUAUUGCGUUUUAACACGCGUCUGCUUGAUUCAUUUGGAAAUGCUAGCAGGACACUGGUUACCGGUUCUCGGCUGCUGAGGGCAGAUGAGUCUGAUGAUAUUCCGGUCAAGAAGGGAUGGUUUGAGAAGCUGCUUCAAGUGCGCACCAUUGCUCCUAGCAAAGAGUCGCAUGCCACAAAGUUGGCAAGCAAAGAGACACUCUAUGAAAUCAUGUUCCACUCAGUGAAACCCGAAUACAUGGAACAGUACCUUAAAGAGUUUCACUUAUAUCAAGAAUUGAUGCACAGUAAAACAAAUGGUGUGACAUUAAAGGGGAGCUUCACAGUUGAGAUAGGUGACCAGGAUCAAGCAAUUCACAUCUGGGAAUACAGUGGUGGCUAUCCAGUAUUGAAUGAGGCUACAACCAUCUACAGAACAGAUAGGGACUUCAUAGAGUUUCGAAAGGCCCGUAACAAGAUGUUGAGGGCACGCAGUAAUCAGAUCUUACUCAGGUUCUCAUUUUGGCCUGAACUCAUCGAGAAGGAAGGGCCAAAUAUAUACGAGAUGAGAAGCUAUACUCUCAGGCCAGGGACUAUGAUUGAAUGGGCAAAUAAUUGGUCUCGGGGCCUUCAGCAUAGACAGGAGAGUAAUCCCGUGACUGGCUUGUUCUCACAGGUUGGGGAGCUGUAUCAGGUUCAUCACUUCUGGAGUUACGAAGAUUUACAGAUGCGCAAGGAGACGCGAGAAUCGGCGUGGCAGAAACCUGGCUGGGACGAGGUUGUACAAUACACAGUGCCGUUGAUUCGUCACAUGCAGUCUCGCAUCCUUAUACCUACACCUUUCUCCCCUCUGCAGUGAAGAGUAUUUAGACUUUUCUCACCUCUACAGUGAAGAGCUCUGAAGAGUAUUCCGAGAGUGUUUGAAAUGUAUUUUGAGAGUAUUUAUGUCUACACAAACUCAGUGGUGCUGAAUUAUGACAUGUGUAGAAUCUGUAGUAAAAAGUAUUUUGUAGAAGCUGCUCUAAACCCCCCCGCAAUAUUCUGUAUAAAAUAUUGAUAUAGGUCUGUAUAACUUCACAGUCUAGGAUAGGCCAUAAUUUUCAAAAUGUCUAACCAUGACUGUUGUGACACAUAGUGGUGAUGACUUUAUUUAAGUCUGAUCCAUUAUUAUUGUAUGUAAGGGCAGAAGACAUAAUUAACAUGUACAUGUACAACAUAUGCGUAUUUUUCAAAUUCCUGUGACAGUAUUUAAUGUACAAUACAUAGUCUUAAGUCAUUCCUAGGGUAGUCAAAUUAAACAAACUAUACUGAACUCUUUUUUUUUGAAACAUGCUGGCAUAAAUUGAGAAAUCUCUUUUGUGAAUUGUUUGUACAACAAACAUGACAAAGUAUUUUUGGUGCAUAAAAGGCUGAAUAACUUGCUAUAGAUGUUAAUUAUUCUACAUGUAUGUUGAUCAGACAGAUUCUAUAAUAAAUUUUGAUCUGAGAAAUAAAUGAGUGAUAUGUGAUUAUUAUUUAACUUGAAUUUGAAGAUAGAUAUUGUUGUAUGGAUAUUUGUAUGCUUUUUAGAAUAUAUCAAAUCUCAUCAAUUUUAAUCAAUGGUGCCAGGGAAUGAUCAUGAUAGAAAUUAACACUGUUCAACAGCAAAAGAAUGGCUGAAUAUAUGUUAUCAAAUUGCUUUUUGGAUUGAAUGUAUAUUUUAUUUUACUUUUUGAAGUCACAAUCUAAGGUUCAUGAAUGUAUUAAAAUCAAUGAUUAAAUUGUCUACAAAUACCAGUUAAAAUAAUAGGUAAGCCGAGAAUUGCUUCCAUUUUAUAAUAAGAUAUCCUAAACAUUGGUAGAUUUACCUUAAGCUGUAGCAUGAAACUAUUUAUUUUAUAUUAAUAAUUUGUUAAUAAUUUAUGCUGAAUUUGGUGCAAUCUCUGAAAGAAGUCCAUUAUUAAUUACGUUUAUUAGGAGAAGAAUCUACAGUGAAAUUGUGGGUGUCUUCCUCACUAUUUCUUGAGUUAUAUAAUUAUGAAAUGACUUUAUUUAAAACUAUUUGUUAGGCUGUAAGCAUGUCCAGGGAUUGAAAGUGAAAAUGUUCUAAAUAACAUUUAAUUUAUAAGCAGAUAGAACUUGUUUGCUUUCUGAUAGUAGAACAUGUUCAUUUCUAAUAGAACAUAUUCAUUUUUGAUAGAACAUGUUCCCUUUCGGAAAGAACUUUGCUUUCUGAUGGUAGAACGUUUUCGGAUAGAAGAACAUGUUUGCUGUCUAAUAGAAUAUAUUUUCUUUUUGGUAGAACAUGUUCUCUUUCAGAUAGAACUUGUUUGCUUUCUGAUAGUAGGUGUUCACUUUCAGAUAGAACAUGUUUAUGUUCAGAUAGAGCAUGUUCACUUUCAGAUAGAAUGUGUUUGCUUUCUGAUAGUAAACAUGUUCAGAUAGAACAUGUUCACUUUGAGAUAGAACAUGUUCACUUUCAGAGAAAACAUGUUUGCUUUCGGAUGGAACUUGAUUGCUUCUGAUAGUAAAAUGUGUUCACUUCCUUUUAGAUCAUGUUCACUUUCAGAUGGAACGUGUUCACUUUCUUCCCUUCAUGUGCUCUUUACUUCCCUCAAUUCUGAAUUUGUUGUAGAUUUCUUGUUUUGAUGAAUUGCACAUUAAUAAAAUUGAAGUAAU